AUGUCGGCGCCGUUCAUUUUCAAGAGGUUCUCCUCGACCAUCCCUAUCCACUCCAAACCGACGCCAUCCAAGGCUCACCUCCACUUUCCUCUCCCAUCUUCCUCUUUCCCAAAAGGCUAUGUCUUGACUGGCAUCCAUGCAGGCGUAAAAAAAGUCGCGGGAGUUCCCGAUCUCGCUGUCAUCCUCUCUACCUCCUCCCAACCCACCUCUGCCGCCGCCUGCUUCACUCGAAACGCCUUCAAAGCUGCCCCAGUCAUCGUCUCAAAUGAAAUCCUGAAGAAGAACGGGGGAUACGCGCGAGGUGUAGUUGUUAACAGCGGUUGUGCCAAUGCUGUUACGGGUAAACAGGGCAUGGAGGAUGCAUGGGCAAUGGUGAGGGAGACAGACGCGCUGCUGCCCUCGAAAAAGUUCGAACACGAAACGCUCGUCAUGUCGACCGGUGUCAUUGGCCAAAACCUCCCCAUCUCGAAGAUUGUCGAAGGAAUCCGUUCUCAAGCCGAGUCCAGCUCAACCCGUUCGCUCGCCUCCGACUUUUCAGCAUGGGAACGCGCAGCCAAGGCCUUCAUGACGACCGACACGUUCCCCAAACUCCGUUCUCGCACCUUCACGAUCGAUGGCGUCGAAUACAAGCUCGCUGGUAUGGACAAGGGAGCUGGUAUGAUCCACCCCGACAUGGGUCCUGCUGGAACCGAGUUCAAGAAACAACUCCACGCCACCCUCCUUGGAUGCAUCCUCACCGACGCCGCCGUCUCGCCUCGCAGCCUCCAAAGCGCACUCACAUACGCUGUGGACCGAAGUUUCAACUCUAUCAGCGUCGACGGCGACAUGUCCACCAACGACUCGAUUUACGUCCUCGCAAACGGCGCUGCUUCCUCCUCCAUCAUCGACGAAGACGCUACUCCCCAGGCCUACGAAGCAUUCAAGCAAGAACUAACGACAUUCGCGGCUGACCUCGCCAAGUUGGUUGUUCGCGACGGCGAAGGUGCUACCAAGUUUGUUACGGUCACGGUCAAGGGUGCCCCAUCAUACAAGGACGCUCACAGCAUCGCUUCUCGAAUUUCCACCUCUGCCUUGGUCAAGACUGCGCUCUACGGUGAAGACGCCAACUGGGGUCGAAUCCUCGCUGCUACCGGCUCGGUCCCUCUCUCCCCCACGAACGCCAACACCCCUCCUCCCGUCAUCGACACCACCAAGGUCUGCGUUACGAUCGUUCCCGCCGACGGCACCGCUCCUCUCCCUGUCUUGGUUAACGGCGAACCUGAGAACGUCGAUGAAGACCGCGCAAAAGAGAUCAUGACCCAGGAAGACUUUGAAUUGCUGGUCGACCUCGGAGGAAUGGGUGAUGGGGAGGCCCAGUACUGGACUUGCGACUUUAGCUAUGAAUAUGUUAGGAUUAAUGGUGACUAUCGUUCUUAG